UCAGUAUGCUAGAUAAAAAGUUACCAUCUCUAAUUUAAUAACACCCCAAUUUCUACGUGUCUUAUAAAUUUGUUGCUGACAUUGUGUUGAACGACGUAAAAAUAGACAAUGACUGGAAUUAAAGGCAUAGUUGCAAAAUAUUAUAACGACUAUGUCGAAAAUACACCUCGAAAACUAAAGUUGAUGGACACCUAUUUGGCAUACGUACUCCUUACCGGCGUUAUUCAGUUCGCGUAUUGUUGUUUAGUCGGCACAUUCCCCUUCAACUCGUUCUUGUCGGGCUUUAUAAGUACUGUAAGCUGCUUCGUGCUGGGAGUUUGUUUGCGGCUGCAAGCGAAUCCACAAAAUAAGGCGAUAUUUGUAGGAAUUUCUCCGGAAAGAGGUUUUGCCGAUUUUAUUUUUGCCCACGUUAUACUACAUUUAGUAGUUAUGAAUUUUAUUGGAUAAAUAUAUUAUGAUAUUGGUACAUUAUUAAUAUAUAAAUAAUAAAAAAUAUCAAUU